CGCUACUCCAAUAAUUCUGCGACAACCGGUUCUCACAUGUACUGCUUAUUGAAACGAUUUGCUUCGCUUUGAUCACAGUAACAUUCAUAUUAGGACAAAACACAGUUGUAGAGGUGUGAUGAAGCUGGAGUUGUCUCGAGUGGUUCAGGGGUGUCGAUUGGGAGUUUUGACUGGAUUGGGAAAAACGGGUCAUCAGCACUCAUUAGAGGUUCCUGGCUGUUUCCUGUACUCUCGGUGUGCAACUGUACCCCAUCUGACCCAGGACACAUUACACACGUUAAGCGAUCUGCCUUCGGUCACACAAGUUACAGUGGAUAGCCUUGCAGAGCAUCAGGAGGUGCUGGAGGAAUUUAAAGAGGGUGUCAAAAAAUUUGCAGGUCUUCAUAAUACUGCCCUUUUCUGCUCGCAGCAUGAUUCUGCGAAUCCCAGUCCUGCUGGUCACGUCACCAACAAGACAGUGUCAGUUUGGGGCAGCGGCGGACGGAUAGAGCUGACAGUGGCUCGCUUCAUGGCGAUUCAGGCAGCUAUCCAGCCUGACUGCUAUCACAGCAUGGCAGACGGAGAGACCUGGCAGGUCAAUACGUCUCGCAAGCGAGUCCGCAAAGCAGUGGACCGAACUCUGGCCCAUCUGGAUGAGUGUCUAAUGUUGCACCAAAAAACCCAGGAAUUGAAACGGGCAGAGAUAUUUGGAGUCGUGGAGGGUGGAGAUAUCAUGGAGGAGAGACUUCGCUCCGCUCGAGAGACCGCCAAGCGUCCUGUGGGUGGAUUUGUCCUUGAUGGAUUUCAUUCUGCUGCCAUGAACCAGGAUGUGAGAAGUCAGUUGAUUCAAGCGAUAAAUGCAGAACUUCCCCAUGAAAAGCCGAGGUUAAUUCUGGGGGUCGGCUGUCCUGAUGAGGUGAUCAGCUGUGUUGAAGGAGGAAUCGACCUGUUUGAAAGCUUCUUCCCAUUCCAGGUGACGGAACGAGGUUGUGCGCUCAACUUCAACUACACUAUUGAUCCUGACCCUGAGACGGCAGGUACAUCAUCCCCUACAGUGCUGGAAUCGAAUGGAGAGACGCUUGCUGUCAUAAAGCGGAGCGACAACGAAGAUGGAAAUAUGACGCCUUUCGAAAUCAAUCUCAAGGAUAAAAGGUAUCAAGAUGAUUUCCGCCCUCUUGUGGAGGGGUGUGGCUGUUACUGCUGUCAGAAGCACACAAGAGCAUAUGUCCAUCAUUUACUGGUGACCAAUGAGCUGCUGUCCGGCGUUUUACUCACGCUGCACAACACGGCACACUACCUCGGCUUCUUCAAAGCACUGCGGGAGGCAAUCGCCAACGAUCAUCUGCAAGACUUGAAAGCUAGAGUUCUCCAUCGCAAAGACUGAGAUGUGUAAUUAAAAUGAUUGAAAGACUUUUGGGAUGAGAAACGAGCUUCUACUUCAAAUUAUGAGGGAGUCAUAAGUACGCUCUGAUUUCAGAGUAUGUAUGUUUACAUGAAUAUAAAGCUGGAUUUUGCAGCGCAUGGCCCUCGCAUGACAAUAAGUGCAAGUAAUACUGAAGAUUCCCAUUUCAGAGUUAGCCUACGGAUUUGGAUUUUCCAUUUGUUCUGCUUAAUGAACAAAUUUACCUAUGAGGAGUAUUAAUAAUGGAGAAAUUGCAUUUUUAAUUGGGUAGGCCUUUUGACCAAUUUCACUCUCUAAGGCUUUGAAGUUUAAUAGCUUACCUGGUUUUCGCCACUGGGUUUUUCUGUUACUAUAUUAUUGUAAAAGAUACUUUGUUGUUAUCAUAAUUAUGUUAUUAUAUAGCACACAUUUGAAAUAUGCAGUUUUAAGAACAACAUUGCAAAAAUUGCAUUUUUCUUUCGAAAAUUACUAUUAUAGCAAAUCUGGGCAUUUUAAAAUUAAAGAUUUUUUUUAUCACAAUACAAAUCUUGCUCCCUGUCUUUAUGAAUGGUCUUUUUAUACUGCUAUUACUGAAAUAGAUUUGUUUUUAUAUUCCUUUCAACUUUGCAAUAAAUUAUGAAUGAAGGACUUCAGGAUGAAUGUAAACUAUACAUGCUUCUGCAAGGCCAAAGCUUGCAGAAAGCAUGAAUGGGAUAAUAAUGAGUAUUGAAGAGUGUGUGAUUGCUGCAUUUCAUUCCCAUUUGUUUUACUGACAUCAUUGGGCUUGCACUGAUUCCAAUACAACUUCUAUUAGGUUUUUCAGUGUUGUUUCUCAAUUUGUUAUCUCAGGUUUUGUAGCCAAUACAUUUGGGACAACCACAUAACCCUUGAGAAUUUAUUUUGAUGUAUUUCAGUGCAUACUCUACUAUGAGUUAAAGCAGGUUGCAUUUAUGUUUUAACGAUGGUCUCUGACGCACUCCCAGCAGGUCGGUUUUUCCUCCAUGUUUUAGCCAAUUACAUAAUUCGAAAGAGCCAGGAGAGAUCAUUAAAUAAAGUUCCUGGGAAACUUCCCCUUGUGCUUGUCAGACUUGAAACUCAUAACUAGCAACAUUCAGUGGAAAGUUAUAUGUACUGUAUGUAUGGGGUUUAGGUGGUACAAUGUCUAUGUUUUCAGUGAAAAAUCCAGUCACGUGUGUUUACCUAAGCAGUAGUUUGUUGGUUUAAAUGAUGUUUCUGUACAAACUGCAGUUUUUUAUUUAUAUUGAUAUCAGUGACAGGCUAUACAUUGAAAUUCUUAAUCCCAGGCGUUUUACAUCAGUACAGAAUAAAAAGUCAUUUUAUUUGCAAUAUACUAUAAAUCACUUUCAUAUAUGUUUUGCAGUUGGUUGAAAUAAGUAAACACAAUGAUAAAAACAAUAGUUUGAUAUUUUUGUUUGCCCUUCUUAUGGUCUGUUUAAUAACAACCGGACACAUUGUGACAACUUGCCCCACUAUCAGUGCCAUAGCAGCCUAUCUUUCUUUCUAAGCAAUUAAAGUGGAUAUGUUCAAUAUCUCUUAAUAGCCGAGACUUUAUUUCAUGUACCUAUGCAGAAAUUGACUUAAAAAAAACUUCCUGGGAAAAAUUACAUGAAGUGUGUGACGACCAGCCCCGCCUCCACUAUUAAUCAUACUUGACACGGACCUGUGCAGCUUUUCAGUUUAAAUGACACUUUAUAGACUAUUACAACAACCAAUCUAUUAAAGAUUACUCGUCAUUUUCCCUCUGGUCUUUUGCUUGCUUCUCUACUGUGUCCUUUAUAUUUUGUACCUUUCUUUUUGUGACCUAUUUAGGCACGCAUGAGUGCUUGAAAUGACUUUGAAAACCCACACUUGACAAAGCCUAUUUCCAUUCAGAUGUACUGCUUGAUUGUGAUGGAUUCUCACUGGCUUUUUAAAACCCAAGGUGAUAUCUCAUGUAAAAUGUCAUCCUUUUGAGGGUAACUUAAGUAUGUCCAUUGCAUAAAUGAAGUGCUGGGGAUGGCAUCAGGGUUUCCCACUGAAUCUAUGUUCAAUCAUAAGUGUCAGUGAUCUGACACAGACUGUGUCCUAAUGCUGUUCUGUGCUGUAUAAUAUGAAUUUAUAUUUUGGUUGAAUGUCAUUGAAUUUUUCUGGGCAGAUUUAC